AUGGCCGCUUUGAGUACUUCUGCUGUCGCAUUGCUCGCCCUCGUGGGCAGCAGUGCUGCCCUGCCCGGUACUGGAAGCAUAUCUAUGGCUUCGAGCUCGGGGGCCGUCGCUCCAACAGGGACAUCCUAUCCGUCUGGGUUUGAUAUGAAGAAGAGCUGGGGCAAUCUCAGCCCAUACGCGGACGCACCCGGCUUUGGCCUACCCAAAGGUUCUCCGCAAGGUUGCGAGCUAUCGCAGGUGCACGUUUUGCACCGCCAUGCGCAAAGGUACCCGAUGAAUGUUUCAGUGGAUGCGGGAUCAAUGGAGCUGUUUGCCUCUGCGCUUCAAAAAGCCUCAAAGAAGCACCCGGAUACUAAAAUUGGUACCGGGCCGCUUGCCUUCUUAAACAACUGGGACUAUUUGCUAGGCUUGAACGACCUACUCCCGACGGGUGCCGCAACCGAAGCGACCUCUGGCGCGGCAUUCUGGAGCCAAUACGGCCGCUUCCUGUACGGCGCUUCUGCAGGAGAGGCAAACUGGAACGCCGCUCUGAAUGUUCUCCCAAAUGGCAUGCCUCGGUCUAAGCCUACAUUCCGCACGACCUCUUAUCCUCGCAUCCUAGAGAGUGCACGCUGGUGGCUGAGUGGCUUUUUCGCCAACACGGGCGGUAACAGCUCGUAUGCGGAUUAUGACCUCGUUAUUAUCCCCGAGAAGCCAGCCUUCAAUAAUACACUAUCGUCGACGGAAACAUGUGUCAAGGGCUUAGUUGCCGGCGAUUAUAAAGCUGCGGAAUUCAUUCCCGCAAUGAUCAAGAAUGCUGCUAAACGCUUCGCUGCCUUCCUGCCCGAGGAUUUCUUCUCCUCGGAGUCCAAAGUUCUUGCGGAAGAAGUUUUAGGCAUGUUUAACCUGUGUCCUUAUGAGUAUGCCACGCUGGGUAGCUCGUCCUUUUGCUCGCUAUUCACCGAGCAAGAAUGGCGCGACUUCGAGUACUACCUGGAUCUGCAAUUCUACGAUAUGUACGGCUUCGGUUCUCCGAGCGGCCGUGCCCAGGGUAUUGGCUAUGUGCAAGAGUUAGCGGCACGGCUACAGCACAAGCUGAUCGAGAGCAGCGAUAGCAGCAUUAACUCUACAUAUGAUGACAACGAGAAGGACUUCCCACUGGACCAGCCUCUCUUUAUGGAUAUGUCGCACGACGAUACCAUUGUCUCCGUCCUAGCCGCUCUAGGCCUGGACUACUUCAAGUAUAGCCCGAAAGGCAUACCUUCCACUGUUGCACAUGCUCCGGAGCGCCACUUCAGACUGAAUGAGAUGACCCCAUUCGGGGCUCAUCUGGUCUCUGAAGUCUGGACCUGCCCUAAGGACACCUCGUUCCAUGAUCUCCAGCCGCAGAUGUACAAGAAUCCAGAUCUAUCAUCCAAGUCCGAGACCGAGAAAUACAUCCGUUUCGUGCUGAACAAUGCUCCUCUGCCACUGGAUGGUCUGUCUGCUUGCGAUGAGUCGGUUAACGGAUUCUGCCCGGUGAAGAACUUCCUCGGCCAUGUGCCCCAGCUUACCAAGGAGGCGAUGUACCAGGAAGCCUGUUUCGGCUCCUACAACACCAGCAUUCCAGUCGGCAACGGGCAGCCUCCCUCGGCAUAG